UCAUAUUUUAUCAUCGAUUAUUCUUAUCGAUAUGAGCAUAUUACAUAAAACACAAAUUUAAUUCAUGAAACGGAAAAAUUUUGAUUAUCCAAAAUUAAGACGUUCAAGCCGACGAACUAAGAUUAAUGAAAAUAUUUAUGGAAGCACAUUCAUAUAUAUCAAAUUUUUCUUAAUUUGGGCUGUCGUCUUGCUAGCCGAUUUUAUAUUAGAGUUUAGAUUUGAAUAUCUAUGGCCUUUCUGGCUUCUAAUUCGUAGUGUAUACGAUUCUUUUAAAUAUCAAGGCUUGGCCUUUUCAAUUUUCUUCAUAUGUAUUGCAUUAACUUCUGAUAUGAUAUGCUUGUUAACAAUACCUGUACACUGGUUAUUUUUUGCAGCAAGUACUUAUGUGUGGGUCCAAUUCAUUUGGCAUACUGAAAGAGGAAUAUGUCUGCCCACCAUAUCUUUAUGGCUAUUAUUUGUUUAUAUUGAGGCCUCAGUUAGACUAAGAGAAUUGAAAAAUGUUCCCUUUCAUUUAGACCUAUGUAGACCAUUUGCAGCUCAUUGUAUUGGAUAUCCAAUGGUUACUCUAGGGUUUGGCUUUAAAAGUUAUAUAGGCUAUAGAUUACGUCAAAAAAAACAGAGAGACAUCGCCAAAGAAAACAAUUUUUAUCAUGAAUUACUUAAAAAAGCGUUACCGGUUGAUUAUGAUCAACAAAAGGGUGAAAAUGUUGUUGAAUCAAAUUCGCGUUCAUAUUCAAAUAUCGAUAAACACAAAAAUAACGUGUCACAUGUAAACGCCCACCCCAAACAAAAUGGACACAUAUACAAAGGUGGUGAUAUAAUUUCGAAUGACUUAAUAAUUAAUGGCAGCACGCCUUUUGAGAGCUGCAAUAAUCUAUCUAUUCGUCAUAUUGGUAACGGUCAUUGCAAAACCAACGUCGAUGUAGACACGUCUUACGAAAUCGAGGAAGAAAGUCCGGGUUCGGGAGGUCGUAUCUUCUAUUCCAUCACAAAGCUCGUGCACUUUUUCAUAUCAGUCUUCAAUUUUAACGCCCGCUCUCCUUAUUACUCACCUUCUGGUAAGCUCUCACCUCAGGGCGAUAAACAUUCCCACGAAGAUUAUAAUAUCGAAGAAGAGGAGGAAAGCGACGAAGGAGAAGAAAGUGGAGAAGAAGAGGAGGAUGAAUUUUUACAGCAGCAAAUGGAAAAUAAUAGUCGUUCAAAUUCAGAGGCUCACUAUCACUCCAAUCACAUUUAUCCUACUGGUCACCACCACCAUAAGAAAAGGUCUUCUCUAACAAACGUACCCAAUAGCGUCAACCAUUAUCUAACCCCCCUCAAUAAUCAUAACUCUAAUACAUUUCGAAGCAAAUCUGAUACUAACAGUAGUAAUACACUUAAAGCAACCAACAACCCAACUAAUAUUAUUAGCAAUACAUCUGCUGAUACCAGUAAAAAAAGUGAUUUAUUUUUCGAAGGAAAUACUUGUGGGAUUUCUGACCAACCCGGUCCCGAAAGCCGAUACAUGGAAAUGAGGCCUACUGCCGAUAACAUCAGCAAACCAAAAAAUACGGACGGCACCGAUUUAAACUCGGGCAAAGAAAUUGCCUCCCAUAAUUCGUGCAAUAUCAAAAAUAACGUUAUUAAUGAUACUAUUAAUAAAAAUUCCUUGCCAAAAAUUAAUGUACCUCCUGCCUCCAAAAUUAACGGUUUUACAGGGUCAGUCACUGAUUACGCUUGCGUUUAUAAGACAAGUGCUGGCGAUAAAACGGGGAAAUACGCGACCCGAUCCGUAAAAAUAGACGAAAGCAAAAAUAAUACAAGCGCCUAUAACUCUUUGAUUAAGCCGAGUAAACAGUUGCUGUACAACGAAGUUACUCACGAUACAUCUUCUAAACCUAAAUCCAAUAUAUUGACGGAAGAGAAGGAUUACUCUAAUACUUUCACAGGAUUAUACAAGAUGGAAAUUGAUAUCAAAAAAUUAAAAAAUGAUCUCCAAGCUAGUCGUUUAUGCGAACAAGAGUUAAGACACCAGAUCACAACUUUGCAAAAUAAUGACAAAUGUUGUAAAAACGAGCUCGGCCAAUACAAAUCGGAUAAUGAAAUUCUACAAAAUAAAAUAAAUAAUCUCGUUACCAUCAAACAACAAGACAAGCUUCAAUUGACCAAUUUUGAAAAAAAAUUGAUAGAAGAGCAGAAACUAAGAGCUAAAUUGGAACUUCAGCUUACCGAUAAAAAGUUUUUAAACGCUAAACGUCCGUACGAUGACUCCAAUCAUCAUAUGCCAUCUUUGGUAUCUAGCCCAAACCGAACCGAAUGUACCGAAUCUUGCAAAAAUAGGCGCAAGGAUUUGGAAAAUGAUAUUCGCCAACUUUGCAAAGAUGCUAAAAUUCGAGAUGAUCAGCUAUGGGUAUUAGAGAAAGAAGUUCAGACAUUGAGACAAAUGAAGGAUCAAAAAAAUGAAACGGAAAUAUUGAUCACGGCACUUUCGGCAAUGAAAAACAAAAAUGUCCAUUUGGAAACGAGUUUAAAUGCGGAGACUAAAUUAAAAUUAGACCUAUUUUCGGCAUUAUCCGAAGCCAAACGCAACUUAGAAAUUAAUCAAACUUUGUUAUCAAAACGCGAACGUGAAAUAUCCGAAUUGAAAUCACGCCUGACAGAGCUCAGGUCUUCGUCCGUCUCAACGUCUCGUAUAACUACCCAAAGCCCCUUGCUAUUGCUACCUAACACUUCGUUCGAAGAUCGUGGAGUCAUCAAUUCGCAGUCACUUCUGUACUCUCCUAUUUCCAAUUCGUGCAAUAUUAACUCUUCAUCCCCUAUCUCUUACAAUAAUAUGAAUUUCCAGGCCUUCAGCAAUAGCCUCAAAAGCUUGCAAGCGCACACCUCCUCUUCUUCUAAUAUAGGUGGCAGUAACGGUCCUGCGAAUAAUAAUAAUAGCAAUAGUGAUUUUUUGUUCUCUUCAAGUUUCUCCGGUUUAAAGUCCCUAAAUUCACCUGGACCCGGGUGCCCCUGACAUUCAAUUAUAUUCGAAUGAAAAAAUAGACAUAUUUUCUCAAUUAAAUCGAUAUAGACUUUCUCAAUUUUAAAAAAUAAAAAAAAAUUAACUAAAAAAUAAAACGUAACUGAGAUAUUUUAUAUUUAAAUUAACGUUUAUUUUGGUAACAUAAUUUUACUUUUUUUUGAGGGAAGCGGGUUUGUAACCUUUUUUGAUUCCCUCCCAUCUUCUCCCCCAAAUAUAUAUUUUUUUGAUGUCAUUUUAAAAAAAACUUAACUUAUAUGUUUAUACAUGUUUUCGUAAAAAAUUGAAGUUUACAACAAAUAUUUUUAUCGUCCUUCUUCACGUAUGUAUUUAAAAAAAUAAUAAAAUCGUAGUUUUUUUUGUUAAUUUA